UGUUUUUAUAAUUCUUAUAUCAUGCUGUUUAUGUCUAUUAUCAUGAGCUGUAGGCAGCUAUAGACCUAAUAAUACCAGGUAGACUGAUAUUUAUAAUCCAGUUUAUAGGUAGCACUAAUUGACUAACCUGUGAGUAUGUACUGGUGAUUACUUCAUAGUGUAUGAGAUAAAUAAUUACCGCAGUGCGCCGCGUUGCGGUCUGUAAACCUGAUUUAAUUGGUCUUGACCGAACAUCAAGACUCGAACAUCAAGACUUCAUUGAAGGGAUUUCUUGUGAUGACAGCGCGAUAAACACAGAGGUUUGAAGUGAUAGUUUAAGGAGACGCCGUGGUUUGCUCACUCUGCUAUAAGAGGUCAGCAAUCUAUGAUACAUGUACCAUCCYCUGUUCCAUGCAGUUGUUAUUUCAAAAGCUAGACGACAUUAACAGCGCUAGUAUUGCAAAGCUUCAAAAACGACGAAGAGUCAUCAGAAAAAGCCACCUCGAGUAAAGUGGGAAAAUAACGACUUGGAACAAACCUGUUCUUUCACAGUAUUAAGAAGAGCAAAAUAAUCAACAGAUCGAUAGAUGGAUGUGCAGUUCGUAGUUUGAUUAACUUAUUCCUUCUUACCUCCCGCCUUGCUCAAUAAUGAGGCUCAAUUUUCAUGUCGAUUUUUUCUUAUACCUUGAAUUAUUAUCAUAAUAUUCAUUCAUGAUGUUUUAUCUGGAACUUUUUUCUGGGUCUUCAUCAGAAGGAUUUUCUUUUCUACCUUGACCUUCCUUCUUUCCUUAUAAUUAUUGUCUUUUAUCCCCUUCUCCGUCUUAUUUUCAUUUUUUUCUUGAAUAAUUACCCGUCAUAUGAAAUUCUCUAAUUGCGACUACAGUUUCAAGUCAAAAUCAAACAAAAUGGCAUUUGGUGCACGUCACAUGUCUUCACCGACAGUUAACCUGACUUGUCAGUUGAAAAGUCAUGUCCUUGAACGGCCCGACCAAUCAACGAGGAGGUCAAGCCAAAAUCCACAGCUGUACAAUACGACAUGAUUCCUUAUUCAAAGCGGUUUGGGACUGGCUCAUUUUAAUUCUUGUYUUUUACACUGCCAUCGAAAUUCCGUACUCUGUAACCUUCACUCCACCCAAACGUGACACAAACGCCAGCAAGCACACAUCAUCACUCUGGUUUAUCGACGAAAUAACUCCUCUUACUAUAUGCAACCUCUGGGUAGACAUUAUGUUUAUUGUAGAUAUAUUUAUUAACUUUCGAUCAACUUUCAUCGAUCCUAACAAUGACGAGAUUGUCAGCCAGCCAAAGAAGAUUGCUCUACGUUAUCUGACCACGUGGUUUAUUGUGGAUUUCUUUGCUGCAAUUCCUUUCGAGUUGAUUGUUACUGAAAAGAUCGCAGAGACGCCAGCGUCGUUAGUUGGUUUAUUAAAAACAGCACGACUCUUAAGACUUGUUCGCGUUGCACGAAAACUCGAUCGAUACUCAGAGUACGGUCUUGCGGUAGUUAUUCUAUUAACGUGCUCAUUCAUGCUCAGCGCUCAUUGGCUAGCUUGUAUAUGGCAUUUUAUUGGUGAUUCUGAACUGGACUUAGAAAACGGAUGGAUAAUUAAACUAGCGGAUGAAUACGGUCGCAAUUCAUCAUCACCAAACAUGGGUCUAACUGUUGGCGAUCGUUAUGUCACCGCGCUAUAUUUCUGCUUAACAAGUAUAACGACUGUUGGAUUUGGAAACAUUGCUCCUAAUACAAACAAUGAGAAGAUCUUUUCUGUGUGCGUUAUGAUAGCUGGAGCUCUAAUGUACGCCGCCGUAUUUGGUAAUAUGACUGCGAUCAUUCAAAGACUCUAUUCCAGGACUUCACGRUUUCACAGGGAUUUGCGGCUUGUCGAGGAGUUCUCGAAGUUUCACAAGAUCCCGACAGCUUUACGAGAGGAUCUCGAGGAAUAUUUCCGUCACGAAUGGACGUAUACUAAAGGCGUUGAUCUAGAAAACGUUCUUAAUCGGUUUCCAGAGUGUUUAAGGGCUGAUAUCUGCCAUCAUCUUCACAAGAAGUUAUUUGAUGAGUGUUCAGCCUUUGCGARUGCUGAGGAAGGAUGUCUUCGUGCAUUAUCGAUUCGUUUUAGCAUGCGUCAUUUUCUUCCUGGACAUUAYCUCAUCAAACAAGGAGACGAGGUUACAUCUUUGUUUUUUAUUGUCAAAGGCAGCAUACAAGUGGUUAAAGAUGGUGUCACUAUCUCCACAUUAGGUCGAGGAGACACGAUCAGCUGUGAUUACGGGACACUCAGUCAUACAUAUCUACCUAAAGCUAACGCUAGUCUUCUUAUCCAAUCACAUACCGAGAUACACCACAUACCUUGGAAGGAUCUUCUAGUUGUCCUUAAAGCUUAUCCAAAAUUUAGAGAUAAUUUCUUGAAUGAGAUUGAGCUAGCAUACAAUCUUGGGGAUCCCAACGAGGAUGAUGAAAUUUUUUUGACGGACAAUCCUUCUGUGCCAAGAGUAAAGCGUCUGUCGAACGCUCGUUCAACGUUACAACCUUGUAGCCCUAAAAACUCUAGUGAAGAAGCUCAGUUGAACAAUGGAAGACUGCAGGGACAUUCGACUGUACGCUGCUACUCGUCUGAAAUAGUUCUWAACCACGACACSCACGUACCUACAGUUAUUUUAGAUCGACCACUUCGUACAAAGACACAAACACAAAACGAUCAAAUAAAACGCAUGGAAAAUAAAUUAAACAAUAUUGAAGAAAGACUUAUGAAUAUGGAAAAAGGAUUUAACGACACUCUGGGACAAUUAAUGGAMGUACUCAAGAAUAGACAGGAAUUUUUAAAUGAAACAGAACGCGAAACCUCUAUUGGAACACGAACUACUAGCGUCUAACCUCUUGRAUGUGCCAGGCAACACGCGGGGUUGACAAUUCACAGGGCGGGGCAACACGUGGUGGUCAGCGCAUUCACAGAUUGAAUCUGAUGAACAUUAUUAAUACCAUUCAAAAGAUAUUACAUGUGUUUGAAUGAAAUGACUACUUCCUUGCAUCUAUAAUUAAUUUCAUCAUUAUGAUCAUUACAACAAACACUAAAACAGUUCUACGAAUUUUAUUACAUUCGAGUUACUUUUGAGAUGCUUGCGUGUCCCGUUGCACGCCAURCAAUGCUUUCGAGGACGMUAAACURCAMGAGAAACAUUUCGGAUACAURAAUUACGUCRUAAGGUAGCUCUUUGCACGCAUUCUAGUCGUUAUUCYGGCCUUURUGUAAAGCAUUUCGUUCGGCACUYGAAGCCRGCUGACGAAAGGCCAGGAAAUUCAUGGUAUUAAGACAAAAACUUUUAAAAAGAACUUGAAAUCACACAUACAGAAUUUYAUUCCAAUUUCAUUGAGAUUAAUGCAUUAGAAAACUUACAAUAUUAUAAUAUCUUCACUAGACUUAGGAAUAUAGAAGAAUUAGGUAGACAAACUGGACGCCGUUUUGUAAAUAUCGACUUUUUAUUAAAGAUAUCCUCAA